AACUUUCCAAACUUGACAAUAUAGUUGGGAGUAGAGUAGCACUAGACUGACUGAGGAGGAUAAGCCACGAUGACAAGAUCGAAACAAGGCUUUGUUUUUACUACGUUAUUAUUAUUAUUGUUAACGCUUCUGACAUGUCACGGCGUUUUCUGUCACCGGCCGACGGCGGCGGCCACCGCCGGCCGCAUUGUAAGACGCAGCAUGCUGGCCAAUGGCCUCGGCCUCACUCCUCCCAUGGGAUGGAGCAGUUGGAAUCAUUUUGGUUGCAAUAUCGAUGAGAAAAUCAUAAAAGAAACCGCUGAUGCUCUGGUUUCAACUGGUCUUGCUAAGUUUGGGUAUAAAUAUGUCAAUAUAGAUGAUUGCUGGGCCGAAAUCAAUCGCGAUGACCAGGGUAAUCUGAUGCCUAAGAAUUCAACAUUUCCCUCCGGCAUUAAAGCUCUUGCAGAUUAUGUGCACAGUAAGGGUCUCAAGCUGGGAAUCUACUCAAGUGCAGGAUAUUUUACAUGCAGCAACAAAAUGCCAGGCUCUCUAGGCCGGGAAGAGCAAGAUGCUAAAACUUUUGGAUAUUGGGGUAUAGAUUAUUUGAAGUAUGAUAACUGUAACCAUGAUGGGUCUAAGCCAACUGUGAGAUUUCCUGUUAUGACCGGAGCUUUAAUGAAGGCAGGACGUCCAAUCUACUACAGUCUAUGUGAAUGGGGAGAUAUGCACCCCGCCCUAUGGGGUAGUAAGGUGGGAAACAGCUGGAGAAACACGAAUGAUAUUACUGAUACAUGGGAAAGCAUGGUAACAAGGGCAGACGAGAACGAAGUUUAUGCUGACUAUGCAAGGCCUGGUGGUUGGAACGAUCCGGACAUGCUUGAAGUUGGAAACGGUGGAAUGACAAAGGAUGAAUAUAUAGUCCACUUUAGCUUAUGGGCCAUUUCCAAGGCUCCUCUUAUUAUUGGCUGUGAUGUGAGAACUGCUACAAAAGAGACACUGGAAAUUCUUACAAACAAGGAGGUGAUUGCUGUGAACAAAGAUCGACUUGGUGUUCAGGCUAAAAAAGUUAGAAAGGAAGGCGACGUUGAGAUCUGGGCAGGGCCCCUUUCGGGGUACCGAGUAGGUGUAGUCCUUUUGAAUCGAGGCCCCUUGCGAUAUGAGAUAACAGCGGAGUGGGAUGACAUUGGAAUUCCUCUCAAAACCACUGCAAUUGCAAGAGACCUCUGGGAGCACAAGACUUUGAAGACAAGAUUCGUGGGGAACUUGACAGCCACUGUAAAUCCUCACUCUUGCAAGAUGUACAUUUUGAAGCCUGUUGCUUAGCCAGCCAUGAUAGAAUAGUUUUUCAAUAUGGUUUUAGAUCAUCAAUAAAUUUGACAAGUCAAGGGACUACUACAAUGAUCAUCAAUAAAUUUGACAAGUCAAGGGACUACCAAAAAUAAUAGUGACUAUUUUCAUUCAA